AUGCAACGGAAUGUCCCUUUUUAUAAAAUUGUUGCAGGUACUCAUUUUGCAGUGGAUGCUUUCUCAUAUGGCGAUAUACCAAAUGUCAAUAAUUAUUUCCUCACACAUUUUCAUUCAGACCAUUAUUCUGGACUUAAGAAAAGUUUUAAUAAAUUAUUGUUUUGUUCACAAAUCACUGCGGACCUUUGCACUUCACGGCUGGGUGUGAAUCCAAAACACAUCCAGAUAAUGAAUCUUGAUGAAACUAUAACAAUAGAGGGAGUUGAAGUUACCGCAGUUGAUGCUAACCACUGUCCCGGUGCAGUAAUGCUGGUGUUCACAUUGCCGAACGGGAAGACUUUGCUACACACUGGAGACUUCCGUGCCUCUCCAGCCAUGGAGUCUUAUCCAGUCUUCUGGAACAAGGACAUACACACAGUUUAUCUAGACACUACAUAUUGCAACCCGCGCUACGACUUCCCCACGCAAGAUCAAAGCCUGGAGAUGGCUUUGCAUUUGCUCAGGCAAAAGAAGGCGAGCUUGGAGGAAGCUGGCAAGAAGUUCGCUUCAGUCCUCAUUGUAUGCGGGACAUAUACUAUAGGCAAGGAGAAGUUCUUCAUGGGCAUGGCGCGGCGAGUCGGGUGCGCAGUGUGGGCGUGCCCGGAGAAGGAGCGGGUGCUGCGCGCUGUGGAGGGCAGGCAAGCGCAGCAGACGCGCGCGCUGCCCCAGGCGUGCCAGCUGCACGUCGUGCCGAUGCGCGACCUCACGCACGAGGUAGCGGGAACACUUGUGCGCCCGACUGUACUGCGUGCUCGCGUGAGAGAAUUUGAGCGAAGUGACCGCGAGUUCUAUACGUCGCGUUGCGUCGUGCCGAUGCGCGACCUCACGCACGAGGUAGCGGGAACACUUGUGCGCCCGAUUGUACUGCGUGCUCGCGUGAGAGAAUUUGAGCGAAGUGACCGCGAGUUCUAUACGUCGCGUUGCGUCGUGCCGAUGCGCGACCUCACGCACGAGAAACUUCGGGCGUAUUUAGACAGUCUAGAAGGGGUUUUCAGCGAAGUGGUGGCUUUCAAACCCAGUGGCUGGGAGAGUGGAAAAGAGGCAGCUGUUCAGAAAGACCUUGUAACUAUAUAUGGUAUACCGUACAGUGAACAUUCCAGUUUUCCAGAGAUGAUACGUUUCGUUAACUUCCUGAAGCCGAAGCAGGUGGUGCCGACUGUCGAUAUAUCUGGGGGCAUCAAGGCUGUACAGAAAUACUUCCCAUGUCCCCUGGCCUAUAAGGAGGAUUUGAGAAGCCAAAGCAGGGUGACGGACUACUUUAGCGCUCAGAGCCGACAGCAAGUGCAUGCUGUCUCG